AUGACUAGCUUAGCUAACAAUAUAAGAACCAGAGGUUCAUAUAAAAGUAAGUUAACAAUUUUAGAGAGCUUUGUAAAUUUAUUAAAAAAUGCUACACCAGCUAGCAAACCUGAAAUGUCAGAAGUUCAAUUGAGGUAUGACUCUGGUAGCAAUCUGUUAGCUGAAUUUGAAGAGGUCCAACUACAAAUUGAGAUUUCUGUCAGUGAAGAUAAAUUGCAAGAACAAAUUGACGAAAGAGAUGUUUUCGAAAACAGGUAUUUUAAAGCAAUUAGUUUUUUAAAAGACUACAUUAGCACCAAUACUGUAAUUAAUACAUUGCCUUCUAUUUCUACACCACAUGCAGACUCGUUAAAUCAUAUUUUAAUCCCAAAAAUGAAAUUAAAUAUUUUUAAAGGAGACUUUCAACAUUGGCUUGAGUUCAAAACGACAUUUAUUAGUGUAGUUCAUUCAAAUACCACACUUCCAGAUAUUCAUAAAUUUCAACUUUUGAGACAAUCUGUCGAUGGAUAUGCCAAACGCAUUGUUGACAAAGUUGAAUUCUCGGGAAAUUAUUAUCAGACCGCUUGGUAUGCACUCUGUAUGCGGUAUGAUAAUAAAAAGUUAUUAGUUAAUAAACAUAUUAAAGCUAUUUUUAAUUUAGAUUCGAUCCAAAAAGAAUCACCUAACCAUUUAAGGGAUUUAUUAGACAGUGUCUCGGAUAGUAUGUCAUCCAUUGACAGUUUAAAAAUUACAAAAAGUAGUUUAUCUGACCUUUUGUUGACUUAUAUUAUUUCCAAUAAACUAGAUAGACAAACUUAUAGAGAAUGGAAGGAAUGCCAUAUUAAAGAAGAGCUUCCUACUUUGGCAGAGUUUUUUAAUUUUCUAAAAGUAAAAGUAGACACUUUGAAAGAGAUUCAAGACCAAAGUAGUCAAAAACCUCAUAAUAAUUAUAAUAAUAAUUCUAGUUUUAAUAAUUAUAAACAUGCAAACCGUGAUAGUCGAGGUGAGUAUCAAAAAAGAGUAUUCCAAGUUAAUGCAGCAGAUAGGACUUGCGUUUUGUGUAAAGGUAACCAUUUAAUAUACUCAUGCAUCGAAUUCCUUAAAUUAGAUACAAAAGGUAGAUUGUCUAAAGUGAAUAAUUUAAAGUUGUGCUUUAAUUGUUUGAGACAGAAACAUAAAGCAUCAGAAUGUACUUUGAGACCAUGGACCAAAUGUAAAGCAAAACAUAACUCAUUAAUCCAUUUUGAAAAUAAUCAACAACACUCUAUUGACACUGCUAAUUCGCCAUCAGCAGAGCCAUCAUCAAUUAAUUGUGCACAAAGUGUUGAGUUGCCACCAACGGUAACACAUCAGCUUUCUGCACAAGCCAUGAAUUUUAAACAUACCCAAGUUCUUUUGUCAACAGUGAUUCUUAAUGUUAAAUCCAAUAAUAAUGAAUUAAUUCCAUGUAGAGCAAUUUUGGACAGUGGUGCUCAAACAAACUUAAUAAAAGAAAGUUUUUAUAAAAAAUUUAAUAUAUCUAUGAUUCCUACUAACCUAGCUAUUAGUGUAAACGGAGCUAUCCCCUAUGAGACAAGUCAUGCAGUGUGUCAUUUCACUAGAACCAUCGCCGAAGAUGAACAGUUAAAACACUUUUGGGAUACUGAUUCAAUACAAGAUCCCGAACCACCAUCAAAAGAUGAUAUUCAAUGUGAGCAAAUAUUUGAAAUCACUACCACCAGAGCUAACUCCACUUUGGCAAACGUGUACUGGGGACACGAGCCGUUAAAUACCGCUAUGAAUUCCACGAUUUUAUUGGUUAGAACUACCCACGUGAUAUCUGUGUUCGUAUUGGUCAGAGAAUUAAGCAAUAAAGACAAAUGA